GCUAGAGAUCGUCGCAGCUCUUUCCAGACAGUUCACAGGCAACUCACCCCCAUCUUUCUCGGUUCCCUCCAUUUCAGUUUUCAACUUGAAAAAACAUCAAAAUGAUCGUGUUGUUGGCGGGUAUCAUUGUGCUUCAUCUGACCGUACUGGUUUUGCUGCUUAUUUCUACUAUUGUUAAUUCCUGGUGGUAUUACAGCGAAUACAAUAGUUUAGAUAUUUGGCAGAAUUGCACAUGGCUUGAGUCCUGGAACUGCCUGCCAUACACUACGAACGAAUGGCUGCAGGCUGUUCAGGCAAUGAUGAUUCUGUCAGUCAUCUUCAGCUUCCUCUCGGUGAUUUUGUUUUUCUGCCAGCUAUUUGCACUUCAGAAAGGAGGUCGGUUUUACAUCACUGGAGUCUUUCAGCUACUUGCAGGCAUUUGUGUGAUGAGUGGAGCUGCGAUAUAUACGGUGCAGUACCCGCACAUUCACGGAGAACGCUAUGAUGGGAACUAUGGAUUUUCCUACAUUUUGGCAUGGAUUGCUUUUCCCCUGGCCUUGUGCAGUGGAAUCAUCUAUGUCAUUCUAAGAAAGCGCGAAUGAGCUACGAUAGAUCACCGCAAUCCGUAUGAUGCCAUCUUUAGAGGAAUAAAAGAAACAUUACUGUUUUAAUUUGAAGAUGUAUAUAGUAUCUAUGGUUUAAAACCUAUUUAUAACACUUUUUACAUAUAUGUACAUAGUAUUGUUUGCUUUUUUGACAGAAGCCGUGUUUUGCAAGCUAAUUAAGUGCCUACAGAACAUUCAUUUUUAACAGUUUACGAUUAAAAAAAUAUUUUGCUGAAGCCAAAUUCUGCAACAAAACUUUAUUUUAAAUAGAAUAUGUUAACCAAAGCGCAUGUAAAAUUAUAGCUAGUAAGCUGUUUUUUAAUAAAAAAAGUGCAGCUUGUAUAAAUAAUUGCUAAUAGCUGACAAGUUUGAAUAGUUUACUCAUGUAGAUAUAAAACUUAAAAUUUUCAAUGGUGCUACAUAUUUACCAUUCCUUGUCAUAACCUAUAGCCAUCUCACUGGAGAAUUACUAUUCACAAGAAGGUAAAAUAAAUGCUUUAAUUCUACAGGAUUUACUUUGUCUAAAUAUUUCUCUAUGGAAGGAGUUUUUUCUCUAGCAUUAAUGUGAAGGUUUGAAAGUUAAUGCAAGCUAGGGGCAGCAUUAUUAGGACAGGUGUGAGGGGUGAUUUGAAUGCUCACCAUGAGAUACUGUCUGCAGCUUAAUGAGGCUUCAAUUGUGAGGGAUGAUUUGAAUGCUCACUUUUAGAUACUGUCUAUAGCUCAACGAGGCUUCAGAUGCACGUCAAAUUUUGUAAUGCAGUCUUUGCUGCAGCCAGUCACUAUUCUUCUGUUUGAUUUGUGGUCUUUCCUGAUUCACAUCUGUUCUGUCUCCUUCCUGGGUCUCAUUAACAGCGAUCUGAAAUUUCCCGUGUUGGGUCUCAUUUAUUGCAGUGUGAAAGUAUAAUGCUUCAAGUGCAGCUAUUAGCAGUCGCUGUUUCUUUGCUGUGUGAAGUCUAGAGAACUUUCCUAAUGUGCAAAAUUUCAAACAGCAUGUAAUACUGACAGUAUCCGCAACAGUUUUGUUUCCUUGGUGGAAGUAAUGAGCAGUGGACAGCAGCAAAUCAGUGUGCUGGGUGCAUGAUAUCACCACCACACUGCAGCCUGUCCAAACAACAGCAGUCAAAGCCAGUGUACCAGAACCAGUCUCUUAUAUUCCUCUUCAGUUCCUAAAUGCAGAGGCAUUGCCCUUCUGUAUUGUCAAAAGUUACUCAUUUUCAUUAUACUAUAGCUGAAGGUAUCAGAAAACUAGUACAGAUAGGCUUUGUUCUUUAAAUGUUCAAAGAAUGUUAUAAAUGUAUUGAAAAUCUUAGUAUGCCACACUAAAUGCAAAUAUAUUGUCUGGAAUUAACAUGAACUACAGUUUGCUGGAAGUAUGAAACAAAAUGCUAAUAUUUCACUGUAUUGACAAGUGUUCUGCUACUGAACAGUGACACAAGUUAUGCAAAUGCAAAAGGGGACCACAAAUAGAAAACUGUAGUGAAUAUAAAUGGGAAAUAAAAGUAUGGGAGGUUGGAAUAGAACUUAUUGCAUGCUAGGAGAGGCAAAAAUGAGUAUUUUGGAUCAUAAGCAUCCUUUUAAAAGGUCUUGAAAAGGUAACAUUCUACCAUCCUUUAGUAAGAAUGAGUUGAUAGAAAACAACAUUGUCUAAAUUCACCCACUAUACUUUGUUUGUAUGAUCAUCUUCCUAAGUGCGGGCUCCAGAUCAAUGUCUAAAUUUUAAUGUCUUCAUACGUUGGUCAUUGAGCUGCAUAUAUUGCAGUUAGCUUUUUCUGUGAAGCUGAUGUGAGUUCACUGACCUUAUUUUGCUUCUUUUGAAAUAACCAUUAGCAUUGCCCUUCAGGAACUGAAACAGCUUCACAUCUUAAAAAUAGCUUUUUUUCAUGGUGAUGUGACAAAAUUAGAAACGGCAUAGGAUUUGACUAUUUUAUCAGUGCUCUAAAAUUGCUAUUGACUUUGCAACACUUAAAAUAAAAUGAUAUGUGGCCUUUUGUUGAGGUUGUGGGGAUGUUCAAUGUGAAAUGAUAUGUUAGCUUUUCUGUUUUAAAGCUGCAGGACCUCAAAGUGGCAAUGGUCAUUUAUAUCAAUAACCGGCAUCUUAAGAAGGGGAAAUUCAAACUGAAGCCUAUAACAAUUCUCUGAAAGAAACCUAUAUUUAACAAUGGGAAGGACACCUCAUUUUGGAUGUUCUAUGUAUAUACCAACACUACAUUACCCACACACAGCCUUUCUACUUCAGAUAGGCAUACCUGCAUGAACUCCAGGUAUCAUAACAUCAGUAUGUCAUUGAAAAUACAGUUAUGACUGGAUUGCAGCAAUGGAAUCUUGAAAAGUUGAACUUGAAAAGUGCAAAUGCUUUUUUUCCCUAUUUUCUCCAUUGAAGCUUAAAAAGGCAUGAGGUUUAAUAGGCUGGAGCUUACUCUAAUAUGGUUGAGUACUUCUCCAAAUUACUGAAUUUAGGUAAGAAUGUUCAACUCCAAAUGGCUGAAUGCUUUUCUUGAUGGCUGGGUAAUAUUACUGGUUGCUGUGAGAUCAUUUGUGGGUCACUGCAGCUUUAAGCAGGGUAUUUAUUAUUGUACAACGCCAGAGAAAAUUCUACUUGUCAGUGUGGUUCAUGACCACAGUCCUACACCAAAGUUAACCACUGUUUGAAGGAAUUAGGGGGAAUAAACAAAACUCUGGCACUUCUCAAAAUAAAAAGGAAAUUAUGUACUUGUGGCUGUACAGUUCUUUGAUGUAAUGAAAAGCAAAUAGUUUGCUAAAUUUAUUAUCCCUUUGAAAUCUGUUCUUGUUUACAUAGUGCAGUAUAAUGAAAUAUGACAUAGUUCUUAUCCUGUGUGCACAGAUCCCCUGCAGAAUUCCUUGUGCAACUUCAGUAAAGUUUGGUGGUGCGGUGGGGGGGGGGGGGGGGAAUUGUUUUUGAUGUUUGCUAACAGAAAAUGCCUUAUUGCAUAUAAGUGCAGUCAUAUGUGUUUGAUGUACUUGAAUAAUGAUGAAAAUAAAUAAUACUGGCUUAUCUGUGC